AUGGGAAAGAUCAACCCGAAGUAUCAGAAGACCAGAGCAGUAGCCAAAGAGGUAGGGGAGCUCCUCCCCGAACUUAGACCUGGGGGCACAUACGAAAAGCUGGAUAUCCGUGGACCCGCCUCUAGCGGGGGCGUCGAUUCCGAAUUCUACCAACGAGGCGUCAAGGGUCGAGGUUCAGAAAGAAAACCCAAUGACGUAGCUGUUGUGGUGAAUGACCAAAUAGCUCGCUUGAAGGUAGACGGGGAUCAUUGGGCACGUGUGGAUCGAUACGGGUUAUGGGUUCGUCUCCGUGGAGUGAAGGGUUCCACGUCGAAAGCGCUUCGCCAAACGUUGGAACAGGAGGGGAAAAUCCAUCUCUGUCGCGAGCAGCGGUGUCCGCUUGAAUUGCAACCAACACCCGGUCUACAUUGCAAAGCUUACGCUUCGGUGGAUGCCAAUGGGCUGGUGGAUUUGGGAGCUUAUGCAGGGUGGUCCACCCGCAGGGUGAUCGUCUUGAUGGGUCGAUGGCUACGUAGAAUGGUGCGGGGGCUUAGUCUCUGCGUGUACUAUCUGACGGGAUGGUUCAUUCUCAGACAACUCUGGGCAAAGCGGACGCCACCCAGAACCAUAGUCGGGGGAGCUGUCGUCAGACCCUUGGAUGCAGAAUCUGAAUCUGAAGUAGAGGUACAAGAUGACCCUUGUGAGGCCGUAUUAGUCGGUUUGGAACAUGGAGGCAAACCGAGAGCAUUGGCCACAGACCCAUGUGCAGAUCGGGCUAUCGGAGAGCCGGUCCGGCUCCUGGAGAGGGACAGAGAACUCUCUGACGUCAAAAGGAGAUCCUCCGUCAGGCUUUGCGACCAUCAUCGGCAGCUCUACGUGGCGGCAUGUUCAAGCCGAAAAUGCAGCGUGUUGGCUUGCUACGAACAGGUUGAUGGUGCCAAACAGGGAGUUCCCCUCUGCAAGCACCACCUGACGGACCUUGGUGGUUGUGCUCGCCCUACCCGCAGGGUUAGCUGGACACAUGAGAGAGAUAGCUCCAUUGCACGAUCCGAGGCAUCUAUGUCCGAAGGAGAAUGCCUCACCCCUGCACGAAGAAGCCGCCGGAUCAUCUUUGACGGCGCUGAACGACUUGGGCCCAGGGCUGCUUCGGCCGAUCCUAGUGAAUCCCAGAAGAAGAUUGAAGGCAAGCUUGAGAAGGGCCCGUGCAUGGUGCUCCUCAGACCAAAGUCAUUACAAACCGCGGAGGCCCCACCCAGGUGGACUGCAUGGUUGGGGUGCAUCGAGGGGUUCGCCGAAGAAGGGCGCAGCCAGGAGCUGCUCGAAGUCCACAUCCCUUCCUUGAAGCAAACGUGUGUGAUCCACAGAAGGCUGUUGAAAGGGUCCCCUCGAGACAACGGGGCGGGUCGAAUUAGUAAGCAUUGGGUGCAGAAGUUCCUUCAGCAUACCCAUGACGAAGAAGUCGGCCAAGGGAUAUCGGUCUUGGUCGCGCGCCUGUCCGAAGACCAAGCAGCGGCCCUGAAUGGGAGACUCUACCGGGAGAUCCUCCCGCAUGCUGAUGCAUAUUUGCGUGAAGAAGCUGAGAUGUCCGACGACUUUAUGACACCGCCAAAGCCGAAAGUCGAGCUGGAAGAGGGUGCGGGACCGGCGAUUCCACCCUUCCCAGACCUAGAUGAUUCAGAUCGCCAGGGAAGAAUGGAGGCAGCUCGAAGAGCUCUUGACCAGCACAUUGAGGGAGAGAUAGAUUCCGAAGUGUUGCAGACCGUGGCCACUGCCUUCGACCUAGAUCAUGAGCAACUGGCUCAGUCGAUGUAUGCGAGAAAUCACCGCCUUAGCUACUCGAAGCCAACGGCACCACCAGGAUUGGGAGCCGACCAAAGCGAAAUGGAGUUUGCAAGCAGACCCGUGACGGCAACUAUGCCAGGAGGAGUGACCGUAAAGCCAGCAGUCCCCCGGCCGGCGAAUCCACUUCUGCCGAGGAGCUCCUCCUCGGUCCAGAGAGGUGGAUUGUCGCUCUUUCCCAAGGGGUCAGGCGGUCGAAACAGUCUCGUGAAACCAGCAUCGGAGCAGAUGCCGGAUGGCAGAGCAGGAGCCACGUUCGGAGAAGCCCUCGGAGACAGCACACAAGUCCAAAGCGCGGACCGCAUCAUUCACGCCAUCGACGGUCUGAGAAGAGCACAGGAUGACGACAAAAACCUCACGAAAGGGACCUUGAGUUCUAUCAAAGAGGCGGAGAAGAUGGACGUCUUCCUGGCACGAGGCUGUGGCACCCUGACCGUUGAACUCGCACCGGGAGUGUACGGGAAGGAACUUUUCCACGCGGGGAAAAGGGUGGCAAAUCACGCUCGCCAUAUGCUGCACUUGAUCAAAUGGCCGGUGCUGAUGACCAACAGGGUCCUACUUGGCAUCGCUGGUCUGUGGUGGGGUGGCAAAGACACACGCAAGUACGCGGAAAACUCAGUUCGUGUGUUUGGAUCCUGCUAUGGUACAGAGCAUAUCCAAGAAAGGCUCGAUUGUCUCCAAGCCCUGAAGGAGGCCCAUGAAGAAGACGAGCAUGCCUUCCCAGCUGCCUACUGCAUCGAGCUCUUUGAGGAACUUGUCGCGGCUUGGUGCGAAGAACUGCGAGAAAGCAGAAGGAAACUCUGCUCUCUGCUGGGGACCGAAAAUCCACGGCUUGAAGACCUGAAGCUGCUAGCUUUGGCGCCGGGAGCGGAUGGGCAAGCAAACUUCCAGUUUCCAAGCAUAUGGGAUCUGGGCGACCCGAACGGAUAUUACCAGACAGUUGUGGUACCCAGGCAGCAAAGGCAAAUGUCGAGGCUGCUCCACAAGCAGCUGCACGACCACAACCUCAAGCAGAAGAAGACAGCUGGUCCAGCUGAAGAUGAAGAGCCAAGGACAGGGAAAGCCCCAAAGCUUAACCUGAAAGACAAAGAGGCCGAUGGAUAUGCGGGCGGCAGCAUGAAAUCAGCCUACCCAGCUGGAAAACGGCUUACACAAGGAGAAGCUUCACGGUCCGUGGAGCACGCACCUAAGGAUCCCAAGACCAACAAACCUAUCUGCUGGGAUGUGGCCACGCACAUGGGAUGCACAAGAGGCGACAAGUGCCAGCACGCGCACGAGCCUUUGCCGGGAUUGGCCAAACUUGACUACACAGUUGCCACGCAGGUCAUUCGAAGAGGAGGACUCAAAGGUGGGCCGAAAAUCGAUCCCAAAGAGGUCGACGGAAGGGUCGCUCAGCUGCGGACCCAGGCAGCGGGGGAUAAGGCCGACAAGAUCCAACCUAGCAAGAAAGCGAAAGCAAAGCCCAAGCCAAAGGCCAAAGCUGGGAAGGAAGCUGAGGGUAAAGCUGAAGAAGACAAGGUUGGGAACACCCAGUGGGUCGCACCUGAAGACUAUGAUAUCCCUCUGACCCAUCUCGAGGCUGACUUGCAAGAGGCGGUUCAGGGCCCAGAUGAGAGCUGGCUGCGAAUACCCUCACAACCCACUGAGCAAGAAGCCGCUCCGGCUUGGGAUGACCAGAGCCAAGAGGAGCGGGAAAGGCUGAAACGAUGGAAGUCGCUGGAGGAGAAAGGGGUUCUGGCGGCCUUGGAUUCGCCCACGGAUUAUCUCAGGUCCCAUGUGAUUGCACGCAUGAUGGCAGCACAAGAUGAAGGAUAUGAACUGGAGCUGAACCGGUGUCUCGAAGAUGCGGCAGAACAUGGACAUCCCGCGCUCUCUAAGGAAGCCGGACGUCAACUUGAGCUCCUCAAGCACGAGCCGAAAGCGGGUCACCAAGCGGAUGUCGAAUUUACGCCCAUCACAUGGGACGAGGGUAUUGGUCAUGGCCUGUUGAACUUUCAAGGAAACUUGUCGCAUAUCGGCUCAGUCACGGUCCGUGACUACCAGGAUCGCUUGAAUGCAAAAGACAGCGAGGUCCCACUGCAAGACGGGCAGUUGGAAGAAGAGCGCCAAUGCCUGCCUCUUCAUGUGGGUGUCGGGUUAGCGUUGGCCGAUGAUCCAUCUGUAGAACUACGAGAGGCCGUAGCCAGAGCCAACCAGUUGAGAAAACAUCUCUGGGAUGAAGCAGUGGAGGCUCACGCACACCUUGGCGAUCCGCCAGCGUGGAUACCUGAGGGCGAGCACUUCUCGCGUCAAAACGUCCAUGAUUGCCUCUUUCCUCACCACGAGAAAGACUACCGCGCCUUGCAAACCCUCACAGGAUCCAUGCUGCAAGGAUACACGUUGGCAGUCCUCAGGAUUUCCUAUUUUGGUCGGUUGGAGGUCGACCUGCUCCACGGAGAUGAUGCUGGCAAUGGGAAGCUAGUUUUCGUUACCAUCCACCGGGGGCAUAUGCGCCUGCUUCUUCCACAACAGCCCCAGCAGCUGUUGGAUCACCUGAGGACUGCAGACAAGGUCACCAGGGAACUUCAGGUUGAACAUUGGAGGGUGAUCUUGGACCAGAGCAAAGUGGAGGAUCAGAUGGUUCCAGCCAAGUCCCCCGCCUGCACAAGAUGCCAGCAACAGCAGCAAAGGCCUUAUCGUGUUGGUGAAGGAUUCCCGUUGCCACCGGCUUCAUUUGAGUCCUGCUUGCAGGAUGAUCCACAGGCUCUUCAAAACAGCGGUGUGCCUCUGCGAAAAAGGCUUGCCUUCGCCUAUGGGCCAAUCGGUCAAGAGGUGUACGCUGGAUGGGCAGGAUGGACCAAGGGGCUUCAAUACCAGGGGAUCCCGUGCGGAGAACCCAUUGAAUACUAUGAGGACCCGAUCCAGCAAAAGGGCUUUAAGCCGCAGCAUGAUACCCGUGACCCGAAGGUCCGAGAACGAUUGCUGCGACGUCCCCAACACUUGGCAGCUUGGAGUCGUUUGUACUUCCUUCUGCGACCACCAGCUGAAGAAGUGGCACUUCCUCAAGCCGGGCGUGUGCUGAUCCUGAGUCUGGUGAUGGCGUUCGGUUGGGUAGGAGCGCCAGGGGAGUUCGUGAUAUGGGCCACCGCAGCCCAAAAGCACCACGGGUCGUUCCGACCAUGCCAUCCUCAAUUCAACGAUGUGGUGCCCUACACGGUUGAUGGAUGA